AGUCAAGCUGCUGUCACUAUCCAACAUGAAAUCUCAAUGUCACUUUCCUAGAAAGAGAGCAUUCGUUAUUGCAGUCAAUAGAUUCCAAACUAAACCCAAAAAUCUGCAAAAAAAAAAAAAAAUCUCUUGAAUGGUAGUUAAGCUAAAGCUAAAACAACCCCAUCAUCCCAUUUCUUCAUUGUUCAUGCUUUAGAGACCUUUGACAUGUUCAUAUGGCCUUGUUUGGUAGUCCAGGAAAAUUAAGUGGACUAUUAUUAAGAAUUGGGCAGUGUUUUUCUGCAGCUGCUUCAAUUGGUUUCAUGGUUUCUGCUCAUGGCUUUUUUAACUCCACUGCUUUCUGCUAUUUGAUUGCGUCAAUGGGGAUUCAAGUUUUAUGGAGCUUUGGACUUGCAUGUCUCGAUUUCCAUGCUUUGAGGUCAAAGACAAACCUACACAAUCCUGUCUUAGUAAGCUUGUUUGUUAUUGGUGAUUGGGUAACAGCCAUAUUAUCACUUGCAGCAGCAUGUUCAUCUGCAGGUGUAACAGUUCUUUAUUCAAGAGACUUGGGUUACUGCAGAUCACCACAAAUACCAUGCUCCCAUUUCAAAGCUUCCAUUUUAUUUGCCUUCAUCUCAUGGUUCCUCCUUGCCGUAUCUUCCCAUGUCACAUUUUGGCUUUUGGCCGCUGUAUAAAUCCAUCCCAUUUAUGUUACAAUUCCCCCUUUUCCAUUGAAAAUAGUUCCAAUUUUCUUGGAAACUUGUCAUAGUUGGUAAUCUUUUGUCAGUUUCAUAGAUUUUUUCUUUUUCUUCUUGUACAUGUAUAUACAUAUAUAUAUAUAUGUUCAUUGAAUUUCAACAA